AAGGGACCUCUGCACUGGGGGCAGUAUGGCGGCCUGGGCUGCGGCGGCGCGGCGACCCUGGCUCGGGCUCAACCUGCUGCCUAGGGCACCGUGGGAGCGGCCGCGCCGGCUGCAGCACGGGUGGCAGCCCGGCGCGUCCGAUCAGCCCAUACAAAUGGAGAACCCCUACAAAGAGCCUCCUAAAAGGUGUGUCUUGUGUGGAAUAAGUGUAGACUACAAGAAUGUGCAGCUUCUGUCCCAGUUUGUUUCUCCAUACACUGGUUGCAUUUAUGGCAGGCAUAUAACAGGCUUGUGCAACAAGAAGCAGAAGGAAGUUACAAAAGCCAUUAAAAGAGCUCAAGUGCUUGGAUUUAUGCCAGUUAUGUUUAAGAACCCAUCAUUUCUCACAGACCCCAAGAUAUGUAAUGUCAAGUAUCCAGAGUAAUAUGUCGUAAAUAAAUAAACACUAAAACUAUUUUUUAUGUA